ACCGGAAGUCGUUAGUGUUUCUUCUACAUGUAGCUUGACGGUUUUUUUUUUUUUUUACCCGGACAGCUUCCACUCUGGACUCGGACUGAGCCGAACUAUAGUUCCUGUGAUGCCCCAGGGCGGGCCGAGCUGGCCGGGGUCGCGAUGCCGUACGUGGACCGACAGAAUCGCAUCUGCGGCUUCCUGGACAUCGAGGAGAUCGAGAACAGCGGCAGGUUUCUGCGCCGGUACUUCAUCCUGGACACGGAGCAGGGCAACCUGCUGUGGUACAUGGACAACCCUCAGAACCUGCCUAAAGGUGCGGAUAAUGUGGGCUUUCUCAAACUCACGUACAUCUCCAAGGUCAGCGAUGCUACCAAGCUCAGGCCGAAGGCAGAGUUCUGCUUUGUUAUAAACGCAGGCAUGAGGAAGUUCUACCUGCAGGCCAACGACCAGCAGGAUUUGGUGGAAUGGAUCAGUGUUCUGAACAACGCCACCAAGAUCACAGUGCCAAAGUCUGGAGAGAGCCAGUCCGCCUAUGUGGAGACCCCACAGGAAGCCCUCGGCGCUAUGAAGCAGGUCUCUUACAAAACGGAGAUCAUAGGUGGAGUUCCAAUCAUCACAGCCACGCAGGAGCAGAGCGAAGGCCAGAACGGGUCGGACCGAGGGAAGCGGGCUCAGAACCAGCUGCCGUACUUCCUGUCCAGAGGAGCGCAGGACCAGUCUUUCAUAAAGGCGGGAUACUGCGUUAAACAGGGAGCUGUGAUGAGGAACUGGAAGAGGAGGUACUUCAUCUUGGAUGAAAAUGCGCUCAGCUACUACAAAUCCGACCUGGACCGGGAGGCACUGAGAGUUAUCCCGCUGAAGGAGAUUCAGAAAGUCCAGGAAUGCAAACAGAGCGAGCUGAUGAUGCGAGACAACCUCUUCGAGAUGGUCACCAACUCCAGAACCUUCUUCAUACAGGCUGACAGUCCAGAGGACAUGCACAGCUGGAUCAAGGCCGUCUCCGGGGCGAUUGUUGCCCAGCGCGGGCCCGGGCGCUCAGCCAACACGAUCCGUCAGGUGCGACGGCUCUCCAGUCCGUGUAUAGAGAGGUAUACUCCGUUCUGCAGUGGGGAAUCCCGCACGAGCACAGUGACCCUCCCUCUCCCACCUCCGCCUCCACCUUCUACUACUCCCUCAACACGGAACCGCAGCACCCAGAACCCUCAGCGGGUGCUCAGCCUGACGCUGGACACUCGCCACCAGGACAACUUCCUGGGCCUCCUGCCGUGGCGCCUCAGUGGAAUCCAGCCCGUGAUGAUUCCGUUGCCUUCAGCGCGUUCCCGCCUUUCUUUGCAGGAGACGGUGCAGACCUCAAAGUGACGGAGGCCGAACGGCCCUGCGCCGGCGGCGGGGGCGACCCGAACACGGAGGAGCCCGACUCGGAGAUGACUCUGAUGUGACAGCAACUGAUCUUUGAAUAUUUCUCCUGCUAAACUUCCUGGGACCGGGUUUUUCUUCUCCCCCCCCCCCUCCCCCCCUACGUCUGGCUACGCCUACAAGGUCUUCCUCUGCUGUUCCCCUUCACCUUGUCUUCCUGAAUAUCUCUCACAGUGUGUUGCAGCAGACCAGCGACACAGAUCACACAGGCUGUUUAAGCUCUCAGCAGGAGUUCAGCGACACAGGAAUUCACUUCUGAAACAACCAAAGUUUAAAGGGUCGCAGAGAGAUGUGUUGAAAGACGUCUCUUCAGUCCUGUGUGUGUUAUCUGGAAGGUUGAGAUUUGAUAUGAAUUUGUGUUGUUUCCUUAUCAAACUGUUUUUUUGUUUUGUUUUGGUUUUUGUUUGUAGCUGAGUUUUUUUCAGGCACAGAUAAGGAGACAUAUGGAGUCUUGCAAAACUUCCCCUUAAAGAUGUUGGUAACGCUUUAUUUGACGGGGUGCAUAAGACUGACAUGACGCCAUCAUAAACAUGACAUAACAUCUGUUAUGAACAUGAAUGGAUUUUCAUAAAUGUCAUCUUGAUACAAAAUUAACAAUUUUAAUGGACUUUUAAUGCAAGUUUCAAUGCGAAGUUGCAUUAAAAGUGUUAUUAUUUACCGAAUUACACUUCAUGACAACAGUCGUAAACGUUCACAAAGACUCCUUUGUGUUCGUGACAGUGUCAUGUGGGUUUUAUGCACACCACGUCAAAUAAAGUGUUACCAAGACGAUCUCAAUUAUAUUUUAUGUCAUAGUCCAACACAAAAUAGUGCAGUGAAGUGGAAGAAAAAUGUGUGGUUUUAAUGGGGGCACGGUGGUUAAAUGUAAAAGUCUGAAAAGUGUGGCAUGUAUCCAAAUUCAGUCCCCCCUGAAUGAAUACUUUGUAGAAUCCCAAGGUCGCAGCUCAGGGUGUAUCUCUUCAUACCUACAAACUGAGUCCCUCUUUGCAAAUUAUUCUCCCCACUCCAGAUUGAAGAACAGCAUACCCAUAGCAUCAUGCUGCCACCACCGACAUUUGUUACUGUGGGAGCAGUGCACUUAGAGUAAGUUGCGGUCUUUACUCCUGUAGCUUUUCGCAGCAGGUCAAACAAUUCAGCGGGUCAAACAGAGUCAGUCUCAUCAGCUACCUUUCUGCUUGAAGUUAACUGUAUGCAGGCGGACUUUAUUAAUUUGGUGACUUUUGAAGGCAAUUAUUACAACAGAAUUUUAACGAGGUGUUUCAAAAUCUGCACUGUACUCUUUUUAUUCCACUUCAAAUUAUGCAGUUGGUGUUGAUAUAUACUAUAAAAUCUAUAUAAAAUACAGAUUUUAAGAGUCAAGGGAUAUGAAUGUUAAGAAAGCUGCAAGACUCCAGUCAUCCAGAAACUCUGCUGCCACCUAGUGUGUACAACUAGUAUGUCAAUUAUGUUUGUUUUUUUACUUGCGUUUGCUUUAUCUGCAUUUUCUAAUAAGUGUUAAAAAAAAAGGUUGCUAUAUAUUUAUUUUUUUGUUUGAUCCUAAACUAAUAAGAUCAAACAAAUUAUACACAAGAAAAAAAUAUAUAAUAAAAGAAAUAGGAAUAAGGUUACAAAGAAAUAAUAUAUUUUCACAGCACAUGAAACUGUUUACAUGCAAAGAAAUGCUUUGCGACAUUUGCAGAAAUCAUGCAUGUGAACACAUACACGGAGACACAGUUAAUGUGAAAAUAAAGAUAUUUGACUUCAAACUAAGCAGAAACAUCAUUCAGAUAACCUAAAAGAAAAAGGAAAAAAAAAGUUUAAGAUAUGUUCUUUAAGUAGGUUUGAUCCUCAGAGUUUCUCGUGUUUAUAUGGCGUGUGUCAGAAUAUAACCUGAAUUAUUUAAGUAAAUUUCUCUUUUUGCACCUCUUUCACUCCUAUGUUAAUCAACCUGUGUUACAGAAACUGGACUUUUUUUCUUUUUCUUUUUCUUUUUUUUUUGUGCAGUUCGGGUCGGGUCGGCGGAAACCGUUUGUGACUUUGCUAAAAAUGUCAGCCUCUGUCCCGAGCGUGGAAGUUAUGCGAAACACGGAAAUGCUUCAGCAUCACAAACUCAGACUCUGGAAACAUUUCCUUCUUGCUCACCAGCUCCCCUCACCUCACCUUAACUUCCUGUUACUUUACCUGCCGUCACGUCGGCGUUCAGGACGCCCGUCGAUUUGCGUGGAAAUCUUUUGGGACUCGAGCCGUCCCGCAGGUCGUUUCUCCUCUCGGCUCUCUGGUUAUGGGUGUUUGUUUUUUGUUGUUGUUGUUUUUUUCUAGUAUUGAUAUUAUUAACUUUAAUGAGGAAAAAAAUAAACUACACAUAUAUGUUGUCUACUGAAUUUUUAUGAACUCACGUGCAUGACUGACUGUGCACCCCCUUCACUCUUCAAAUGUUCCCUUUGAUACAUGAGUUGGGUAAAGUGCCUGCGUCUAUCUUUCUAAAGAGCAGAUUUUAAAAACA